AUGAAGGUGCAUUAGACUUAGGUUCUGGUUUAGCAAAUUUCUUUGUUUUGGAUUGUGAUAUUUUUAAUUAUAAAAACUUAUUAAAAACUAUAAAGCUCUUUUUUCUUUUUCUUUUUAUUGUGCUUGCUUUUUUUUGUUCUUUAUUUGUAAAUAUAAUUCAUCAUUUUAUUCUCAAAUUUUGCUUUUAUUAUUAAUUAAUUAAUCUAAUUAUUUCAUAUUUUUUCUUCAUUUUUUCCUUCUAAUAAACUAUUUAAUGAUACAUUUUUUCUUCAAUAUUUAAAAAGUUCCAAUUAAAUUGGUGAUAAAGGUGCAUCAGGCUUAGGUUCUGGUUUAGCUAAUUGCAUUAAUCUCUCAAAUUUGACUCUUGACCUUGGCUCUUUUUUCUUUUUCUUUUCUUAUUAUUGUGCUUGCUUUUUUUUUGUUCUUUCUUUGUUAACUUAAUUCAUCAUUUUAUUUUCAACUUUUGCUUUUAUUAUUAAUUAAUUAAUCUUAUUAUUUCAUAUUUUUUCUUCAUUUUUUCCUUCUAAUUAACUAUUUAAUGAUAUAUUUUUUCUUCAAUAUUUAAAAAGUUUUAAUUAAAUUGGUGAUGAAGGUGUAUCAGGCUUAGGUUCUGGUUUAGCAAAAUGCAUUAAUCUCUCAAAUUUGAGACUUUUUCUUUAAUCCAAUAAAAUUGGUGCAAUAGGUGCAUUAAACUUAGGUUAUGCUUUAGUAAAUUGCAAAAAUCUCUAAAAUUUGACACUUUUUCUUGAUUUUAAAUCAAUGAAUUAACAUUAAAAAUUGAAGGUAAGAAACCACUGUCUUAAAUCAAAAAGAUUAGUUGUCUUAAAAAAAAUAUUCUGCUGA